AUGAUAAGAAUUAAUAUUUUAUUUAUUGGCAUUGCAUUAGCAUUAUUUAUAUUAAAUAUAAUUAAAUAUGCCAAUAGUUAUCUUAAACGAGAUAAUUAUAACAUAACUAAAAAUGUCAAAGGAGAUUUUUAUAUUGUUAAAGAAAACUAUCCAAAUGUAACAACAUGGAAUUCGAAUUAUGAUUAUAAUAUUACCGAACGAUAUUGUUUAACAAGUAUAAUUCUUUUUAUUCGAACAUUUUUUAGUACAACAAUUUUUAUUUUUCCAAGUUUUUAUAUGUAUACAUUUGAUUUUACUAAUCGAAUAUGUUUAAAUGGAUAUCCAUCAAAAUUUUCAAUAGAUAUAUUACUAUUUAUAUUUGUUACAUUUAUUUGUUUAAUUAUUUAUUUUUUAUUUGAUUUUAUUUUAAAUUCAUUUUAUGAUAAACAUAAAUUUUGUUGUUCAAUAGAAUGUUUAUCAUAUUGUGGUUUAUGUAUAUUAAUUUUAUUAAUUAUUGGUAUUAUUCUCUUUUCAUCAACAAUUAUUGCCUAUGUUUUUGUUGUUUCAUUUAUUCAAAAACCUCUUCGAUUAGCAGCAAUUCUUAUUGUUGUUCAAUUUCCUUUUUCUUAUUGUACAACUUUUAGUUGA